AUGGAUGAAGAAUUUCCCAUAAGUCCUCAAAAAAUAUUGAGAAGUUCACAUUUAGAUAAGAUUAACAAUAAAACUUCUAUUACCUGUACUAAGGUGCCAGAAGGAUUAUUUGACGCCAAAGUUGUAAAUAAACAUUUUAGUAAAUUUGGCAAGGUUGUAGGGAUUAAGCUACUGCCUAAGAAACAGAUGUGUAUAAUUGAGUAUGACCAACAAAGUUCAGCUGAGAGAGCUGUAUUAAAUGCAGGGGCUUAUGAUGGUUUUAUGUUUGACGUAACACGUACAAAACCUAGGGUGAGAAGAAGGAGUAAAAAAGAGGAUGAUCCUGAAUGGUUACCAGAUCCUGAAGUUGAAGAAGAAUUAAAUGCAAUGAAUGGGGCACCAACCUAUAGAAUUUCAAGGCAAAAAACAAUGGAUAUUGAUACUCCUAAAUUGCAAUCAAAACAAAUUAAAUCACCAAUAGCAAAGAAAAACUUAAUUACAACUCCUAAAAGAAUUCAACCAGUAAUUCAAAAGCAAACCACCAGUAGCAUUGAAUCACCAGUUUUGGUGGCUACUACCUCUACAAGCCUUAGCAUUAUUGAAGCAGCUGCGGAGUUACAUAAACUAAGCUCCAGGAUUUCAACAACACCUGAUGAAAAAUGGAGAACAUUAGAUGCAAGAGACAGAAUUUUAAGAGUUUGGGGUGGUGCCGGCUCUAGAGUGAAAGUUGGUGGUGCAACAAUAGGAACUUGUCCUGAUAUGUGUCCAGAAAAAGAGUUACUACAUAGGCAAGCAGAGCACCAGGUGAUGACAUUAGAAACAAUAAUUGAUUCAGAUGGUCUGUUGGAACCCUGGCGGGCAGUGAAGCAGUACAGCCGCAGCUCAGCUGAUCAAGAAAUACCAAUGUGCUAUGAACUGCGCCCUGCGCCAGUGUUGAUGAGAACAUGUGCCUAUUUGUUACAUGAAAUUGCCGACACUAACCGACAAGUUACUCUUGCUGACUGGUUUCAUUUCAUGUGGGACCGCUUCCGAGGGAUUCGUAAAGACAUCACUCAACAGGCUUUGUGCUGUGCAGAGUCAAUUCGAAUGGUGGAAAUAUGUGCCCGUUUCCACGCACACAGCUCUGCUCGUCUGGCUGACCUUGAAAAUACACAGUUUGAUCAGAAACUAAACACCGAUAACCUCACAAAAUGCUUACAAACCCUAAAACAUAUGUACGCAGACGUCAGCCCUGAAUUUAAGCCUAAUGAAGCAGAAUUCAGAGGAUACAUAGCUUUGCUUAAUCUUGGCGAUGCGAAUUUUUGGUGGGAGAUAAAACAAUUGCCGAAGAAUAUUCAAAAAUCUGAAUCUAUUAUCUUCGCCAUUCAAAUAUAUAUCACGUUAGAUAGCAACAACUAUGUUAAAUUCUUUCGACUCAUCCGAGAAAGAGCUACAUAUUUGCAAGCCUGUAUUCUGUUAAGAUAUUUCAAUGAUGUCAGAGCUCGGGCUCUUGCAAGGAUUGUCAAAGCUUACGCACCAAGAGGAGGAUCCAAAUAUCCCGCAGAAGAUUUACUUAACAUCCUUUCAUUUGAAUCCGUUGAUAGUAUGAAAUCAUUUGUUAAUCAUUAUGGACUACGUUUUGCGAAAAAUGAAGAGGAACUUACAAUUAUUCUCAACAGGAAUCACUUUAUAGAAGACAGCGAUCCUUAUCCACUUUCUAGAGCAAUUAAUUUGAUAGAAUCCAAACGGCAGAGCACUGUUGGUGAAGUCAUUUCGGGAGGGCCACUUCCUAAAUGCGAUUAUUCCAAAUAUCCACUGUAUACUAGCUUUAACAAUGAUGGUAGAUUAAAGGAAACUGCUUUAAUAGCUGAAGAUAUCGGAUAUGAUACAAAAAACGAUAGUAACAAGGAUAUCAGAGCAUUAAAAUUGGAGCUACAAAAACUUAUGCAAGGAAAAAGUUUUGGAAUAAUAGUUGAAAGGUCCCCAGAACCAAAGAAAUCAAUAUUCACGAAACCUGACGUUCAGAGAAAAGUUUCUGGAACAAAUUUCUUUUCCAGGCCAAUGACUGAUAAUCAAACUAAAUUCUUUCAAUUCCAACCCGCCAUACCAGUUGCACCCGCUGAAGUCAUUCACAAUUCACCAGAAAAGAUUUUGGAGGAAAGCAGCAAAAAUAUAUUUACAUUUUCUAAUCCACAUAAAACUGAAGCUAAUGUGUUUGGAUCUAAUCUUAAGGGCAAUUUGUUUUCGACGACUACAUUCUCUAUCGCGCAAGACUCUGUUGAUAAGCAAAAUAAUUUUGGAAAAGUAAAUGAGACCAAUGCAAAUUCUAAAUCAACGAGUAAUUUAUUUAAAGUAAAUGAAAGUAAUGACAUAUUAAAAAAAUCCUCUGUUGGAAAUUCCAUAUUUAGUCAGCAGGUGGAAAAUCGGCAGGAAGAUAACCAAAAGAAUGUCUUUGCGAGUGCCAGCACAAAUAUAUUUGCCAAUAAUAAAAAUGAUGGCGCUAGUAGUAAAAAUCUGUUCACACAAGCAAGUAGCAACUUAUUUAAAAAUAAUCAGGAUAAUUCAGACAGGAGUGCAAAUAUUUUUGGGAAAUCAUUACAAAAUCAAACGCCGUCAACGAAUCCAUUUGGAUUAUUUGCUAAACCUCACACUGGCUCAGAUAACCUGUUUAGUACUAAAUCAGAUAGUAAUUUACCCACUUAUGAAUCUCGCCCUAACGGUGAUUCUGAAAAAACAUCACCAGGAAGUUUAUUUAAAACAGCAAAUCUGCCACAGUCUGAAGCUACAAAGUAUAGUAUAUUCCAGAGCAAAAAUAAGGCACCAUCUGUUGCCGAUAAUAUAUUUCAAUCGGUUAAUCACCCUAAAGAAAAUAUUUACGACUUUGAUUCUAAUGAUGGCGUUACAACAGUCGAAUUGCCUCGCGUUAACGAGCAGGAUAUUUUAGAAGAAAGGAAGAGACAAGAGGAAAUUAAAAAGGAGGAGGAGAGAGAGAGGCGCGAAAUGCAAAGAAUAGAGGAAGCGAAACGUAAACAGGAGGAAAUGAGAAAACUUGAAGAAUUGAAACAAUUAGAGGAAAAACGAAAAAGAGAAGAAGAAAAGAAACAAGAGGAGUUAAGAAAAAAACUAGAAGAGGAAAGAAAGUUAGAAUUGAAACGCAAAGCUGAAGAAGAGAGAUUAUUUAAGCAAAGAGUUAACAAUGAAUCUUCUGAACUCAUAGAAGCUUUUAUGGAAGAAAUCAGCAAAGAAGAAGUAAAUACAAUUUUGGCAGAAGAAAAUGAAUUACUUGAAAGUUUAAUAAAAUAUGCUACUAAAACUAAUGAAGAAAUUUCUCUUGAAUUGAUGAUGGAAAUGUGCAGCUCUGAACUUAAAGCGGUAAUAUUUAGAAGGAAAAAACUUAUGGCAAGAUGGUAUCGUGUUUGGAGGAAACAUUAUAUCAGGAACAAUAAGAGGAGAAAUCUUUUAGAGGACACUCCAGUUUGGCUUCCUGACAAAACAAUUGAGGAGGAGGCGAAAUACUUACGCCGUUCCGUUGAACAAGCUGCACUUCGCAAUAUGAAUGCCAUUCAUAGAGGCUAUAGAUUUACUGGAGAAUUAAGGCAGGCACCAUCUCCGAAACCAUAUAACAUGUUAGAUUUAAUCCGAUCGCCUCUCCUCAAACGUAUGAAGCAAAUUGAAUAUCCCUAUGACAAGUGUUUUUUUUGGAAGGUUGCUUUGAUUUCACCAGGUGCUAAUAAAUACUUUCAUAGGAAACUUCAUGUAGAAAGUUGGCUGCAUGACGUUUUUGGGGAUCAAAAAGCACAUGAUGUGAGCGACAGUCUGAUACAUGUCGAUAAACAUUCUUGGAAUAAUUUAAUGGAUUUUGCCAUAUCGAUAAGCUUGAUUAAUCAAACAAAAUUAAGCAUUGCCAAUGAAGCCUUAAAUGGGGCCAAUGGUGUAAUAUUUUAUAUCACAGAAAAAGAUACUAAUUACAUCAAUCUUAUAGAACAGACACUCAAACAUAAAUAUAAAUAUCAAGUUAUACCAAUUGCCGUUAUUAUGGCGAAAAGUGAUGAUCUUUUUCAUCUAAAGCAGCUUGAUGCGAAUUUGACUGGGUGUAAAAAUAGAGAAAUUAUAUCAGAUUAUAAAAUUUUUAUCUCAGAUCAUUCGAAUGCUGAAGAUUCAUUGAAUGCUUGCACCAAAAAUGCGAUAAAAUGGCUCGCGAAGAAUUACCCAAAACCUCCACCUCUUGAAAUUGAUUAUCUUAAAUCGAUAUGUCAAAGAUAUCUCGGCAACGAAAUAUGGUGCAAAUUGAGAUCUGAAAAAGACCCUCGAACAGAAGUUAUUCUAAAAGAUUUACAAAAAUUAGUUACUUGUUACAAUAAAGCUGUUGAUAAGUUGACGGAAGUCAUAACAAAUGAAGAUCUGUUUAAUUACGCCUCUUUUCCUUUAGAGUUAACAAAAUAUUUAGAUAGUUCUUCUCCAUAUCCUAAACCAUAUGAAUUUAUAACAAGUAACACAAAACAAUCUGACAACACGAGUGCUAUAAAACUGAUUAUGAAAAAAUUAAAAUUGCCAAACCCUGUGUCGGGUUUUCUCCCAAAUAGCACAAGAAAAAUGGAGGAAGAAAUUCGAAAAUAUUGUAAACAAAUUAGUUGGUUUCCAAAUCCUGAAGAAGUUGUAUGUAAAGUGGUUGCUCUUCUCCCUAACGAACUAUCAGAUGUAAAUAUGUCAUGUGAUGAAUUUAAUGAGUAUUUUGAGAGUUAUGAUUUAAUAGAUUUAUUAAAUGUAAUUGUUUACGAGAAAAUAAACAGCUUAAAGAACUUUGAUAAUAGGUUUGCAGUGUAUAAAAAAUCUGUUUUAGAUGUAUAUCGGAAUAUUGAUUGGUUGUAUGAAGUCGAAGUAUAUUCAAGAAGUAAACAUAAGGUUUUAGAAUAUGAGGAUGAUUUAGAUUAUUUAAUUGAAGCAAAACGACGAAAGAUCGAAUUCGAUUCAAUGGAGCAUUUAAUGUUAGUAGAUAAAGAUAGCACUUUGGUGAAAGAGAACAUACAUAUGGCAGAUCAAAGUAUUUCUUCAUACAAUUCCUGUAAAGAUGCUAUGUUGCAACUAGAAAUGAAAUUAAAUGAAGAGAAAAAGAAAUCUGAUGAACUUGAAAAUUUAUUGAGAUUAGCACUUUCUAAUGUU